AUGGCAAUUCUUAAGUCUUUUCGAGUGAUCUCUCCCAUCUCUGCCCCACCUUCGACAGAAAUCAUCUACAUCAGCGACGACAGCGACAGUGACGACGAUGACGCUGGUCACAGCAGCGAUGAGUGCGAGUUCGAGGACGUUUUUCGACGUAGUGUUGACAGGCGCGGCGAGCACAAAGCCAGCGACAAGGAAUUCGGCGAUGCCGAGAUCGGAUACGAAGAAAGAAGUAACAAUGAGAAUGAGGAUGUCAAAAUCGACUCCGAACAAAGUGAUCGCCCCUUCUCACCUGGAAAUGCGGUCGAUUGCGGGACGAAUGAUGAAUGCGACGUCACUGAAACCGUCCUGCUCAACGAGCCUUGUGAUGAGGAAGUGGUUGACCGGAACCUCAACGACACCCGAGUACAAGCAGACGAAGAGCUCAAACCCGUUGAUGCGAGCACGGACAAUGAGGCCAUCAGCAUCAAUCUGAACAACAAUCUUGGAACUCAUCAUGCCGGCGAUACUAUCACAGUCCCUGACUACGACAGAGAAGACGUUAUCGCCGAGAUUGCUGCACUUCGCGAACAACUUACUAGACUUGAGGCUCGGAUUGAUUCGAAGACUGUCGCAUUGCCAGGCAUGAGCCCACCAAGAAAACGCAAGCGGAUCGCCUCGACAGUUUCCUAUUUGAAGAAGCCGAAGAUCGCCCACUCAGUCAAUAUCUCGGCAACUAGAGUCUGCUUGCAGUCGGAUAGUGGUUCGGAAAGCCGGGUAUACUCUUGGCAACGUGGGCGCGGCGGCCGCUGUUGGGUCAGGGACGAAGGGGCGGGGAGAAGGGACGAGGAGGACGGAGAAUAUCUGCUGUGUUUUGGCUCUAACAUAUCCAUUGACGUUCGAGUGAACGCUGAUUGGCUGCCAAUCACAGUGCGUUUGAACGUACAAAAGAACGUGUUUGAGGGUUUUGAGAGUAUAGGCGGACGGAGGCUUGAAGUAAAGGAUACAGUGAUGAUACAGCUCAUGCGUGAUGGCCGUGGUGAGCAUUUUGGUAUGGUCUCAUAG